CGGCAUGGAAGGGGAACGCCUGUCCAGCCUUCAGGUGUUUGCCGGGACGUCUUCGCUGCACGGCCUGAGCCACAUCUUCGCGUAUAGCACGCUGUCCCUCCGGCGCGCGGUCUGGGCCCUCUUCUUCCUGGGCUCCCUGGGGCUGCUAGCACUGGUAUGUGUGGAGCGCAUCACCUACUUCUUCACGUACCCACACGUCACCAAGCUGGAUGAGGUGACCGUCCCAAACCUUACCUUUCCGGCUGUCACGAUCUGCAACUUGAACGAGUUCCGCUUCUCCAAGAUCACCCGCAACGACCUUUACCAUGUGGGAGACCUGCUGGCCCUGCUCAAUGCCCGCUAUGAGAUCAGCAACGCCCACCUGGCGGACGCAGAGACGCUGGCUGCCCUGCGAGAAAAGGCAGACUUCAGGGGCUUCAAGGCCCGGCCUUUCGACAUGGCCGAUUUCUACAAUCGGACGGGCCACGACCUGGCUGAGAUGCUCUGGCAAUGUACCUUUCGUGGGAUCAACUGUAGUGCCCGCAAUUUCACUGUGAGCUUCACCCGUCUGGGCAAGUGCUACACUUUCAACUCAGGGGCCUCUGGCUACGAGCUCCUCACCACAGUCAAGGGCGGGACAGGCAACGGCCUGGAGCUCAUGCUGAACAUCCAGCAGGAUGAGUACCUGCCUGUCUGGGGGGACACCGAUGAGACCUCCUAUGAAGCUGGCGUGAAAGUGCAGAUCCACAGCCAGGGCGAGCCGCCUUCCAUUGACCAGCUGGGCUUUGGUGUGGCCCCUGGCUUCCAGACCUUUGUGUCCUGCCAGGAGCAAAGGCUCUUCUACCUCCCAGCCCCAUGGGGGGACUGCCAGGCCGCCCCCAUCGAGUCAGCGUUCUUCACCAACUACAGCACAGCCGCCUGCCGCGUCGACUGCGAGACGCGGUACCUGGCUGAGAACUGCAACUGCCGCAUGGUGCACAUGCCAGGCAAUGCCAACAUCUGCACCCCGGAGCAGUACAAGGAAUGCGCAGACCCUGCCCUUGACUUCCUGGUGGAGAAGGACAAUGAGUUCUGCUUGUGCCAGAUGCCCUGCGAGACGGUUCGCUACAACAAGGAGCUCUCCAUGGUCAAGAUCCCCAGUAAAGCCUCUGCCAAGUACUUGGCCAAGAAGUACAACCGCAGCGAGCAGUACAUCAUGGAGAACCUGCUUGUGCUGGACAUCUUCUUUGAAGCCCUGAAUUAUGAGACCAUUGAGCAGAAGAAGGCCUAUGAGGUGGCUGGGCUGCUGGGGGACAUUGGAGGCCAAAUGGGCCUCUUCGUUGGAGCCAGCCUCCUCACCAUCCUGGAGAUCUUCGAUUACCUGUAUGAGGUGCUGCGAGACAAACUUUCCAGUUACUACCAGAGCAGGAAGGAGGCCGAGCGAAGCAAUAGAGACAACCUGGAGUACGUGGACCUCCCCCGCAGUCCCGGCGGAAUGCUGCCCCGUCCGCCCAGAGCGCCCGCAAUCCGCUGCGCAGCCACUCGGACAGCGUCGUCGGCUACCCCGCGAGUGGACUACCUCGUCACGCCACUCUAGGUAGCUUCGAGGAGUUCGCCUGCUGAGGAGCCGCCC